GCGUUGUUUCUUCUGCGACUGCGUUGCAUAUCCAAAGCGAUUUCUUUGUAAAAUACGCAUCGAGACCAUUAGUGCAAACGUUUUAACUAAUAAUUAAACCGUAGUUUAUUAAAUGGCAGACAAAAAAGUCACACCGCCGCUCGGCGCCUACCCCCAACCCCAGCCGCCACAGGGGCCAUUCCUGCCGGCGCCACCACACCAGGCUGCGCCUCAGUAUGGAGUGGCAGGCGGGUCUCCGUACGGCGUGACCUUCGGCGGCGCGGGCGCGGGAGCCGGCGGAAUGUACGCGCCGCCACCCUACGACCAGCUGCAGCACCACCAGGCCAUCCCGGCGCUCAGCCAGCAGCUGCCGAUGUAUAGCCCGGCAGCGGCGAUGUACGCGGCGGCGGCGGGCUAUCCGGGCUACAUCGGCUACCCGGUGCAGUACUACCCGUACUACCCUACAGCCGCUGCCGUGCAGCCUUCCAUCCAGCCUCUGCGACCCACUAUCAUGAUCCCUAACGGUUUCGAAGCCGGCGGCCGCUUCGAGGGCCUGGCGCAGACGCUGCUGCCGCCCGCGCCGCCCGCCGUGCCGCCCUCGCCCGCGCACCUCGCCGCGCUCCAGCCGCACCAAGUGCUGAGCGACCGCAGCGGGCUCGAGGACCCGGCGCAGACGCUGCUGCCGCCCGCGCCGCCCGCCGUGCCGCCCUCGCCCGCGCACCUCGCCGCGCUCCAGCCGCACCAAGUGCUGUGA